AUGACUAGGAUUUUCUGGAUAGAGAAAGAUUCUGUCAUUUUUAGGAAGGCCAAAUAAGAUAGGAAUCGCAAGGUCUCUAUAGUUGGCAACUUUAGCGAGCCUAAUUGGUAGACGGAAAAUAUGAUAUUUCUAACUAUUACCCUAAAACUAAAGUAAUCUAUCAUGCCUUAAUCCAAUUAGGAUGGCCCAUACGAAAACAACACCUUCUUUGAUCUCCCUUACCCUAGAGCAUCACUAAUCUGCAAACCUAAGGCUCUCAAGAAGACCCCGCAAGGGUAAAAAAUCGUUGGUCUCACUCAGCAGGACCAAAUAAAAUGUUUUGCAACAGAUCAAGGAAAAGAGUUAAAAAAGAAUUUAUACUAAAACCAUUCUUCGUCCAUUAAUCUCGAAAAGAAUUAAAUAAUCAUGAAUGCAAACAUUGUCAAUCAAGUGAUUGAAUCAUAAAAAACUAAUGGUAAAAGACGUAAAUUCGACGUGAAUUAUUUGCAGUUAAGAACCGCUAAAAUAAGUCUCUAUAGCGUCUAUGACUGCCAAGGAUCCCAAGUCGUGUCUAAACAAGAUUCAACAUACUUAGAUAAGAAUAUAUCUAAUUAAGAUGACGUAACAUCCCAGCAAAAAUCUUAGUUAUAAAGAUUUGACUCAGUAUCUUUGAGAGCAGACGAAGAUCAAUUUAUUUUCAUUGGAGAUGGCUUUCAAAUUUCUAAGAAUUAACGUGGACCUUCAGAAGAUGCUUUCUUUAUAACAGAUAUUGGCGCUGGAGUAAGUGACGGUGUGGGAAGUUGGACAAACUACGGAAUUGAUUGCUCUCUCUUUUCAAACACAUUGAUGAGAGAAUGCUAGAAAUUCAUCCAGCGAAUUGUAUUCAGGCAGCAAUAGUCAUUGAUCGAUCAGAGAGUGACUUAGUAGGAACUAGAGUGCCAUCGCUAAGCACUUGAGAGCUUUAGAAGGACUCAUUUCCCAGGUUCAGCAACUGCUACAAUUUGCGUAUUAAAUAAUAGGGAUUUAUCAGCGCUAAACUUAGGUGAUUCAGGUUUCAUUUUAAUAAGAUUUGAUAUGAUAGAAAACGAGCCUUACAUAUUGCUAAAGUCUAAAGAGUAAUAGCACAGCUUCAACACCCCCUUUCAACUUACAAGGUUACCCUAGCACAAGGAAGUGGAAUAAUUGAAAAGUCAAAAUAAACAGAAAGAACUUGAAAAUUUGAAAAAAGCCAUGAAAGAGAGAAAGUUCUGUGAAGACUCACCCGAUGACUCGGAUAAUUAUCAACUGAGAGUAAGAGAGGGGGAUUUGUUGAUCCUAGGUACUGAUGGGGUUUUUGACAAUCUAUUUGAAGAGGAGAUCUUGACUAUAGUCAAAGAAUUCACCUCAACAGAUUAAGUGAAGUCAAAGUAGACUGCAUAGCGAUUGUCUUAGUUGAUUGUCGAAUCUGCAUAGACGAAGUCAAAGUAAAGAAAUGUUAAAACACCCUUCAAUGUAAAAAAAGCAAAAGUAAUCAUAGAAUACAGAUAAAAACUUCAACAAAUUGCUGAAUAGCAACAGCUAUAGUAAUCUCUUUCGCCACCAUCAAUAGGUGGAAACGAUACUUCUUACUCGCCCAAUAAUUCAUCGAUUUUGGCUCGAUACAGCUCUUCAUCAUAGUUAGAAGACGCUGAAUUAGCCAAUGCUGAAACUCUACUAAAAUCUGAAUAAGAUUUUGAGAGUAUGUGUUAUGGUAAAGGGAAGCCAGAUGACAUUACCGUGGUGAGUAUGUGGAUAUCUCAUAAAUAUAACCAUUAGUAAUCUUAAGGUUAAGUUUGA